GCUCCCUCUGAACCUCGGUUUCUUCUCUUUGGUGUCUUGGACAGGACAGUUCAGAGUGAUAGGACCAAGGCACCCCAUCCGGGCUCUGGUGGGAGAGGAAGUGGAACUGCCAUGCCGUGUGUCUCCUGGGAAGAAUGCCACAGGCAUGGAGGUGGGGUGGUACCGGCCCCCCUUCUCUAGGGUGGUUCAUCUCUACCGAAACGGCAAGGACCAAGACGGAGAGCAGGCCCCUGAAUAUCGAGGUCGGACGGAACUGCUGAAAGACACUAUUGGUGAGGGAAAGGUCACCCUCAAAAUCCGGAGUGUAAGGUUCUCAGAUGAAGGAGGUUUCACCUGCUUCUUCCGAGAUCAUUCUUACCAAGAGGAGGCAGCAAUGGAAUUGAAAGUGGAAGCCCCCCUAAAGCAGAGAACAAGAUGA